UAUAUCACAGCUAUAUAUAUAUAUAUAGGCUACUCAGCAUCACUAAAACAUCCUUGGUUCUCCAGAUCUUGAAUUUGAGACUACACAAAAGUAAGAAGUAGCAGAAUGGCAGUUUGUCAGCAACAGCCUUUUCUUCGUCCGAAAACCCCCUUCACUGGCCCACUCCUAGGAGGCUUGCAGGAAGGGAAGAGUGUUAUCAUAAUUGGACGGGUUUUGGUGGAUGCUAACCGUUUUCAUGUGAACCUUAAGUAUGGUUCUAAUUCUGAGGCUGAUAAUGCUCUGCACAUAAACCCACGCUAUGAGGAGGAAAUUGAGCAUAUAGUGUACAACACCUACCAGAACUGUAGCUGGGGCAAAGAAGAAAAAUCGAACUGUCCCUUCAUCAGAGGCCAGCCAUUCAUUCUUCAGAUUCUUGUCACCAAGGAGGCAUACAAGAUAACUGCAAAUGGGAAAUACUUAAUGGACUAUAAACAUCGUAUUCCUUUCAAUGGUGUGUACACUAUAUUUGUGGACGGAAUGGUGGAGCUGGAGUUCAUCGGCUACCAGUAUCCUGCGGUGGUCCCGUACAAAACCAUGAUCACUGGUGGACUACAGCCUGGCAAAGACAUUUUCAUUUAUGGAUUUCCUACUAAGGAGUCUAAAAGCGUCGAGUUUAAUCUACGUCACAGGUAUGGGAUUGCAUUUCACUACCUAUCCCUUUUUGAUGAGAAUAAGGUUGUCUGCAAUACCUAUGAGAAUGGAAGUUGGGGGACAGAAGAAAAAUCUGGAGGCGUGCCUUUUGUAAAAGAUGAACUCUUUCAGGUCAAAAUCUCCUGUAACAAAAACCAUUACGACGUGUUUGUGAAUGGUCAAGAAGUACAGACUUACAAGCAUCGCUUUACUAAGCUGGACGACAUUGACAUCUUUGAAGUUUAUGGACAGCUGCAGCUGAUUUUUGUGUAUGUCUAACAAGGAUCCACGUUUAAAGGAAGUGCAUAUUUAAUGCUUUCAAAAAUAAGUGUAAUCUGCUUAAAAAGCUAAAUUCUCUGUUCAUGGGUCUAAUAAAUUAAAUUGGUUGAAUAGCUUCUUCUGGGGAUAGGAUACACAUUUAAGUUUCUAAUUACAUACCUAAUACUUUUGCUGAAUACCCUGCUGAAUAUCUAUAUUUGAAUAAAGGUGGUAUCAGAGAAUUGCUUAGCUGCAUUACCAUGAGAGCAUCAGUGGGACCUUUGUUGUAAAAUUGAAGAUGCUGUAAGUGAUUUUUACAAUUGCAAUACCAUGCAUUAUUCAAAAUGGAAAUAAAACACCUGUGAAUAACCAGGGUAGAUGAAG